ACAUAAAUAAGUUAACCCUAUUUUCUUCUUUUCGAGUUGAAAACUUUUGCAAAAUGGAAUUACUGAAGAAUGGCGAGAUUAUAAAUUCAUGGAUCUCUGCAUUUUCAAUAUCAGAUAGGAAGCAUUAUCCUAACGCGAAGAAGCGACGCUAUCACAAGGUUAUCAAGUUUCGUUGUGACUUUCCCUCAACGCAAGUUAAGGUGAUGCUUGCAAGAGGUUGGGUUCAGAUAGACGAUCCGAAUGAUACUGAUUGGAAUUUGUGGUGGUGUGAAACAAACGAUAUUCGUUUGGCUUUUGAAAAUAAACUCGCACCUCAUCAAAGAGUGCCGCACUUUCGAAAUCAUUACGAGCUCACACGUAAGAAUUAUCUCUAUCGAAAUUUAAAGAGAUACGAGAAAUUAUUAAUAAACUCCGGCAAGCAGAAUGAGGGUAAAUUUUGUUCAUCAAUGCCAAUAACAUUUGAAUUACCCAAUGAAUAUCGAAUGUUGGUCGAGGAAUACCGCAAACAACAGGGAUCCACCUGGAUAGUAAAACCCGUCACCGGCUCUCAAGGUCGUGGAAUAUUUCUCUUCCGCAAACUCAAAGACCUUUACGAAUGGAAACCAAAGGAAUCAACCGCAAAUGCAUCAACAACGCACACCAAUGCAGGAAAAGUCGAGACUUUUGUGGUUCAAAAGUAUGUCGAGAAUCCAUAUUUGCUAGCAGGGCGGAAGUUUGAUUUGCGCAUUUACGUCCUAGUCACGUCCUUUCAUCCGUUGAAGGUGUGGUUGGCAAGAGAGGGUUUUGCUCGGCUGUCCGGCGAAUUAUUUGCGCUUGAUAAAAUCGACGACAGUAGGAUCCAUCUAACCAACAUGGCUAUUCAACUAAAAGGAAGAUCGCUAGACGAUGAAAAACACUCGUCACCUGAGAAUAGUAAACAUGGAUAUAAAUGGAGUCUUCGAAAAGUUCGAGAAUACAUGACUGCGCGGCAUGGCGUCACUGCAGUUAACAAUCUUCUGUCUCGUAUUGCUGGUGUUAUUAUGGCAAGUUUGCAAGCGGUACAACCGGUAAUGAUGCAGGAGAAUAAUUCCUUCGAGUUAUACGGUUAUGAUAUACUUUUGGAUGAACAUUUGACGCCCUGGUUACUCGAGGUUAAUGCAUCGCCUGCACUUGCACCCACGGAUCACGAGGAUUAUCGUGUAAAAUUCGACAUACUAGACGACGUGCUCAACAUUUUGGAUCUGGAGCGAAUGUUAACUGGCAGUGAAAUUAGAGUUGGUGGUUUUGAUCUUCUCUGGAACGAUGCUCCCGUCUGGAUUACUUGUCCUAAUCCUUUACCCUGUGGAAAUGAGCCUCUCAACUGUCCAACACAUCUCAAAAGGUUAAACAUCUUUCUCGGCGCUAGGAACAAUCGUGUUGAACAAUUACGCCAACUACACGAGAGCUUAAAGGACAAUUUGUGAAAUUAGAAAACAUUUCACAAAAAUCCAUUUGAAAAUCCAUUUGCUUAUUGUGUUUUCUUUUGUUUUUGUACGUUUCUCUUUUUUCUCUCGACAGUGAUUUAUUUCACGUCGAGGUAAAUUAUCUUCUUUAUAUCAACUUUGAAUUUUCAAAAUAAAGCACAAAAAAAAUACAAAAACUAUUUUUAUAUAUUUUCAAUUAAAUUGAAAAUUCCAUGAUUAAAUUAUUAAUUGGAAAAUGUGUCGAGAGCAAAAUCGCAUAAAUUGAAUAAAUUGAAAAUGAAAAUAGUAGGAAAUUUAUCAUCUAGCGGAAGAAUAUAAUUAAAUUCGUGAAACGUUGUGUUGUUGUUGUUGCAGCUGUUCACUUUUGCCUUCAAUGUAAAAUGCAAACCAUAAAAGAUUGCCUGCUCGUAUAUUUUGUAUUUAUGUAACGAAUAAAACUUUCCAACUUUUGAGAUGAAGGAAAUUUUUUUUUUUUUUUUUUUUUUUUUUUUUUAAGUUUAAUUUUUCAGAUCGUGAGAGUAAAUAUGGUUUCACGUUAGCUCUUUAGAGAUUGAAUAUGUGAUUAUAUUGAUCCUAAGACGAAACUUUGUGAAAUUACCCUUAAACCACACGCAUAGAACAUCCAUUAUAGUUUAUGUACACAACAAUGUUGCUCCAAUUUAACGACGCUAAAAUGUGUAUACGCGCAACGUCUCUAAAGGUGUUACGAAACUGUCGCAAACAAUGUUAUGCACUUUUGAAAUUUCGUCGGGAGAGAAUUAUUCUGUUGACCUUAUAUGAUAAAAUUUUCAACAUUCUUCAUUAAUGUAUAGAAAAAUUUUCACUAUUUACAAAUUUAAAUAGGAAAAAAAAUUGUAACAGUUAAAAUCAGACUUCGUACCCGAUAAUUAAUUUUUAAUAAAGUAUAUCAAAGAGUAGCUUUAAGACUGAAAAAAAAUUGUAAAA